AUGAUCAAUUCUUUUAAAAAAUUUUUGAAAUGCAAGGUGAAAAUAGAGCUGGAGGAUAGAAGGUUCUUCAUCGGAAAUCUACUGGCCAUAGAUGAAUUUUUGAAUAUUGUUUUGAAUGACACCGAGGAACACAGGAAAUAUAAGAAUAAAAAAGGUUAUGAAACAAGGAACUUGGGAUUGUGUGUAUUUCGAGGAAGCAAGGUGAUAGGUAUAAAAACGGUCGAUAAAACCACCAAAAAUGAUGAAAUGAUCGAUGUAAAAAAAGCGUAAAGUUUAACUAAAAAUAUUAUACUGC